CAAGACUUUUCUAUAAUUCUAACAGCUUGAGGCUUCAGAACUCUUUAGCCAUUGCAAAUGUAUAAUUGCGGUACAGAGAGAGAUAAAAGAGUAUUACGGGUAUGAUUAGCACAGAAAUUAAGCUCUGCUAAUUCCGAUCUGUUCACUUUUCUUUUGGUUUUCCACUGUUCUAGUUAAUUCCCGUCUUUCUGCAUCCAUGAAGAACACCAGGAGAGACUCUCUGGUCACUCUUUUUUACGUCUUCGUAAUCUCUGUCGCCAAAGUCUCUCCUUAUGAUCCCUCCGACAAAAUCUUCCUUAAUUGCGGUGCCCCUCCAGAGGUGAUAACAGCCCAGGAUGGUCGGAACUGGACGGGUGACAUCGGCUCUAAGUUGGCGCCACUCGCAUCUCUCAUCAACAUAUCAUCAAUCUCCCAAGCUACUCAAGGGCCCUCCGUGCCUCAAAUCCCUUAUCUGACAGCUCGUAUCUUUUAUGCACCCUUCACCUACAAAUUUCCGGUUUCUGCCGGUCCGAAAUUUAUUCGCCUCCACUUCUUCCCAGCUUCAUAUGCCGUAGCUAACAGAACAAAAGCUUUAUUUGACGUCUCUGCUGGUCCGUAUACUCUGCUCAAGAAUUUCAGUGCCUCCCUUACUGCAGAUUUCUUCAACACGAGUCACUUCUUCAGAGAAUUCAUCGUCAUCGCAGACAAUGAAGAAUUAGAUAUCACCUUCAGUCCAAAUCCCAACACUUCCGACACUUACGGCUUUGUGAAUGGGAUCGAGGUCGUUUCGAUGCCAGGAAAUCUCUAUUUCGGAAAUGACCCAAUGCUUGUACCUGGGAAAGUUGCUUAUUCUAUUGGUAAUGAGAUGGCCCUUGAGAUGGUUUACCGAUUAAACGUUGCUGGAAAUGAUAUUUCCACUCAAGAAGAUACCGGCAUGUACAGGCAAUGGUAUCAGGACAAUAGCUACCUAGUGAACAGAAGUGAUGAUGCAGAACCCGUAAAUACCACCAUCAACAUCAACUACACAGCUACUACACCUUCAUACACUGCGCCUGAAGACGUUUACCGCACGGCCAGGACGAUGAUUGGGAACAAUUCAAUUAAUGUUCGCAAUAAUAUAACUUGGGGUUUCCUUGUCGAUCAGGGGUUCUCUUACCUAUUUAGGCUCCAUUUUUGUGAAUUUCAGCCUGAUAUAACAGCGCCUUCCGAAAGAAUUUUUUUCAUCUUGAUUGGCAACCAGACGGCGGAGAGAGAAGCUGAUGUCUUGAAAUGGAGUGGCGGAAAGGGGAUUCCGGUGUUCAAAGAUUACAUUAUCAUUCCUGUGAAUGGAAACGUCGACAAGCAGGAUAUUUGGCUUCAGCUGCACCCUAACGUGGAAGUAAACCCUACGUACGACAAUGUAAUCUUAAACGGGAUCGAGAUCUUCAAAUUGAGUAAAGACCACAAUCUCGCCGGACCCAAUCCUCCUCCAAAACAAAACAUAAAUCCACAGGUUCCUUCCCAGGGAUCUGAUAAGUCGAACAACCACCGUAUGUGGUUGAUUGUUGCCGGAGGUAUAUUGGGUUGCGUAGUAGUGCUCUCUCUAGUGGGUUUCUUUGUUUUCCGGCGACGUGGUACAAAGGACUCCGGUACUAAGUACGGAACAUCUGGAUGGACCACAGUUUCACAGUCUAUGUUUUCUUCGAAGACAAACACCUCAGCUCUACCAUCGGGUCUUUGCCGCCACUUCUCCAUUGUAGAGAUCACGGUAGCUACAAAUAACUUCGAUGAAGGACAACUUAUCGGUGUCGGCGGCUUUGGCAACGUUUACAGAGGCUACGUCGACGAUGGGGUAACCCCUGUUGCAAUCAAGCGCAGAGAUCCGAAUUCCAAGCAAGGGGCCCACGAGUUCCAAACCGAGAUCGAGAUGUUAUCCAAGCUGCGCCACCUCCAUCUCGUUUCUCUGAUCGGGUACUGCGAUGAUCAUGGAGAAUUGAUCCUGGUAUACGAUUAUAUGGCCCACGGAACCCUUCGUGAUCACCUCUACAAAUCUAACAAACCACCUCUCCCUUGGAGGCAAAGGCUUGAGAUUUGCAUCGGCGCCGCUCAGGGUCUACAUUAUCUCCAUACGGGUGCGAAAUACACGAUCAUUCAUCGAGACGUGAAGACCACAAACAUUCUGUUGGACGAUAAAUGGGUUGCUAAAGUAUCGGACUUCGGGUUAUCUAAGGUGGGUCCUACCAGCCAAUCCAAUACGCAUAUCAGCACGGUGGUUAAGGGUAGUUUCGGGUAUUUGGAUCCGGAGUACUAUCGCCGGCAGCAACUGACGGAGAAAUCCGAUGUGUACUCAUUUGGAGUGGUUCUGUUCGAAGUGUUGUGUGCGAGGCCUGCCCUGGAUCGGAAUCUUGACCACAGGCAGAUUUGCUUGGCCGACUGGGCCCUGCAAUGCCGUCGUGAUGGAACCCUCGAUCAAAUCAUUGAUCCCUUUUUAUGGGGAAAGAUUGCGCCAGAGUGUUUGAGGAAAUUCGCAGAGAUCGCUGCGAACUGUUUGGCGGACGAGGGAAUCAACCGUCCAACCAUGGCUGAUGUAUUGUGGAAUCUUGAAUUUGCAUUGCAGCUGCAGGAGAGUGCCGAGAAGCUUGGUGAUGGUGAUUUUGAUUCAGUAAACCAGAUGAACGAUAAGAAAACUCCACUUAGCUCCUCCAUCAGUGAAGUCUUUGUUUCCGGCGGUGUUUCUGGUUCAUCCGAUAUGAAGAGCAGCGGUACAAGUACUUUCACUAGCGAUGGAAACAGCAAGUCCUACAGUGAAUCUGAUGCAUUGAUGUCAGGUACUGUGUUCUCCGAAAUCGGAAACCCAAAAGGACGGUGAGGAUUCAGGGCAUGGACUAGAGGACAAGACAAUUUGGGCGAGAGGCGGCAUCAAGCCCAUUCAUGUGUUGGGUUCAGGUUGGGCUUAUGGUUUGACCUUGAGUAAUGGCUGGUAUUAGACAUGGAAGGGCCGGCCGGCCUAGUUGUAAGCGUCAAGUGUCCUUAUUCAAUGUUUUAAUAAUUUUAAGUCGUUAUCUAAUGUUAUAGAUAAGGUAAUCCUAGAUAUUUUACUAUUCUAAAAUCUAUGCAACCGUUACAUAUUUAAAUGCAA